AUGGAAAGCGAAAGACGAUGCCGAUCAUGGGGCUUCUAUUGGUUUGGUUUUUAUUUGUCUCUACUGCUGUUUUUCGGAGAGCGGGCUUUGGCUGAAUUACGGUACUCUGUUCCAGAAGAGGUGAAAGAAGGAACUGUUGUUGGAAAUGUUGCUAAGGAUCUUGGUUUGGACAAAUCCUCGUUGAUUGACCGACGAUUCCGAGUGGUUUCUGGAUCCGCGGACGCGUUUUUUGAGGUAAACCCGGACAACGGUGCCUUACAGGUCCAUAAGAAAAUCGACAGAGAGGAGCUUUGUCAGGGAAGUGGUGCAUGCUUAAUGGAGCUAAAAAUCCUUGUUGAAAACCCCCUGGAGAUACACUAUGUGGUUGUAGAAAUUACUGAUGUAAAUGAUCACUCCCCUAGUUUUUCUGAGAAGCAACAGACAUUUGAGAUAGCGGAACAUUCAUCUCCGGGAACACGAUUUCAACUGCACGCAGCCCGUGAUCCUGAUGCUGGAAUAAACUCUAUCCGCACAUAUACAUUAACGGGAAACGAUCACUUUGAAAUAGAUAUUAGUCAAAGCGAUGAAGAUAAAAUACCAUUUUUAGUGCUGAAGAAGUCCUUAGACAGAGAAAAAAAUACUAAGCACUCGUUAUUUGUUACAGCAGUUGAUGGAGGUAAACCUCAAAGAUCAGGUUCACUAAAUGUUUCCAUUAUUGUUCUUGACAGUAAUGAUAAUCGUCCAAUGUUUAGUCAGGAUACUUACCAAAUUGAAAUAUAUGAAAACGUUCCAGUUGGUACAACCGUUACAAGAGUGAAUGCAAUGGAUCCAGAUGAGGGGGCUAACGGAGAAAUAGAGUACAGCCUUAGCAAAUCAUUAGCACGAAAAGUCUACGAGAUAUUUGAACUCGAUAGGUUAAGUGGACAAAUUAAAUUAAAAGGAGGGUUAGAUUUUGAGGAAUCUGAGAUUUAUAAACUAGAAGUUGAGGCAUCAGAUAAAGGAACACCUCCAUUAACAAGCAGGUGUAGAGUCAUUAUAAAGAUAAAAGACGUCAAUGAUAAUCCACCAGAAAUUGAAAUCACAUCACUCUCAAAUACAGUGUCCGAAAAUUCAAAGCCUGGCACUGUUAUUUCUCUCAUCAGUGUAACAGAUAAAGACUCGGGUGUCAAUGGAAAAAUUAUUUCAAGCAUAGCCAAUGACGUGCCUUUGGAAUUAAAGCCCUCCUAUAAGGAAAACACGUAUUCAGUUGUCACUAAGGAAUUUUUGGAUCGAGAGAAGGUGUCACAUUAUGAAAUAACAAUAAAAGCCACCGACUGUGGUGAGCCUCCCUUAUCUACUGUUAAAACCUUUGACAUUCAGAUAUCGGAUGUAAAUGACAACAGUCCACAUUUCGACGAAAACCGAUUACAGUUCUACCUGGUAGAAAAUAACUUAGCUGGAGCGUCAAUAUUCUCUGUAAGUGCAACAGACAAUGAUGUGAAUGAAAAUGCAGCUGUUUCAUAUCAUAUUGUGAGAGCAGGGAGUGAAAAUGAUGUAACAUCUUUCCUAAAUAUAAAUUCAGAGAAUGGACUGAUUUCAGCGCUAAAAAGUUUCGACUUUGAAACUCUGAAAACGUUCCAGUUCCAAGUUGUCGCCACAGAUUCUGGAACUCCGUCAUUAAGCAGCAACGUCACAGUGAACGUGUUCAUUCUGGAUCAGAACGACAACGCUCCAGUCAUCCUGUAUCCAGUCAGCUCUAACGGUUCUGCUGAAGGUGUGGAGGAGAUUCCCCGCAAUGUGAACGCAGGACACUUGGUGACUAAAGUCAGAGCCUAUGACGCUGAUAUAGGAUAUAACGGCUGGUUACUCUUUUCACUGCAGCAAGUUACUGACCACAGUCUCUUUGGUUUGGACCGCUAUACAGGACAGAUCAGAACACUUCGCUCAUUCACAGAGACAGACGAGGCUGAGCAUAAACUGGUCAUAAUGGUCAAAGACAAUGGGAACGUUUCACUCUCAGCGACAGCUACUGUGAUUGUCAAACUCGUGGAGCCCAAAGAGGCUUUUGCAGCUUCUGAUGUUAAAAGUUCAGCAAAGGAUGAUGAGGGGAAUGACGUGACUUUUUACCUGAUGAUAACUUUGGGCUCAGUUUCUGUACUUUUUCUCAUCAGUAUCAUCGUACUGAUUGCAAUGCAGUGCUCCAAAACCACAGACUGUGCUUCUAAAUAUCUACAAGACACAAAUUAUGAUGGGACACUGUGUCACAGCAUCCAAUACAGAUCUGGAGACAAACGGUACAUGUUAGUUGGACCCAGGAUGAGUAUAGGAUCUACUAUAGUCCCAGGCAGCCAUGCAAAUACUCUAGUGCUUCCUGACAGGAGGAGAGCAUCUGGAGAGUCUGGUUACAACAUUUAG